CGGGCCGAAAUGGGAAUGGAAGAUCAAAAGCCCAAAUUCGGAAUGGAAAUACCAUACUGCCCUAAACCAAACGACCUAAAACAAGAACACAGUAGAAAGACUCUCUGAUUACCUCUCUCCAUCUCGGUCGAUUUUACCUUCAGAUUUGCAGAUUGGAAGCACAAAGCUGAACUUGCUGUAGAGUUUUGCUAUUAGAUGGCUGGGAUGUCAGGAUUUAGGAGCCUUGCACCUAAAACAAAGAAUGCUAUAGUUGCUGGGGGACUGUCAGCUUUUGUUUUCGGAGUAUAUUUCUACACCAUGAGAGCUGUUGGAGGAACCGAUGAAUUACAAGUGGCUAUAAACAAGUUCGAGGAGGAAAAAGGUCAGAAAGAGGCUGAAGCAAGCUUGUCAUCAAAGGUUUGAUCUUUUAAUAGUAACUCAGUUAUGCUGAUAAUGUAGUCAGGGAAAAAGGUAACCCUUACUGUGAAAGACACCAGCCCUUUAUAUAAUUAUUUGUUUUUCGAAUAAAUAAAUUCAGUAUUUUUCAGUA